AUGGCGAAACAACGAGAGAGAGCAGCCCCAGCUGCUUUCAAUGGUAGCAAACGUAAGAAUGCACACUCAGACAAGCCAGCAAAGAAACAGCGAACAGAACAAGACGACGACGAAUCCAAAAAACAACCUUCAAAAAAAGACAUCUUGAAAAGAAACAUAUUAGAGCUAGGAGGAGACGAUUCAGAUCUGGAUUUGCUAGCUGAUGUACUGAGUGACUCUGAUCGUGAUGAGCCUAGCGAGGUUAAGGCCAAGGCUGAGAAAAAGGAGAUUGUCAUUCGCGAAGAUGAUGUCUUAAUGAAAGACGUCCAGUCAUUCAUACAGAAGGAAUUUGCAUCAUGGAAUGCUUCGGCUCAUACCGACGACGAAUCUAGUAAUGUGGAUGAACAGGAACAACAGGAAGACGAUGAUGAAACAGGCGAAACUACCAACGAAGCUACCCUUCAAAAUGAAUUGAAGAAGCUUAUUGGUGUCGCUUCUACCGCUAGUAAAACUGAAGUAGUCAAGAGGGAAGUGUUAGCUAAACCAACACCUAAAGAAAACUCUGCUGCUACAAAGGAAACCCCCGUCAAGGAGAUUAAAGCUGUCAAAGACGCUAAAUCUGUCAAGGAAAAGCCUGUGACUGCCGAGAAGAGUGCCGAAAAGGGUACUGGUAAAGAAUCUGCUCCGCUUACACAGAGUGUUUUGACUUCAUCAGUUGAAGCACCCAGUAACAAGAAGGGAAAGAUACAGAUGUUGGUAGAUCCCUUGACAGUCUGGUACACUCUCCCCGAAGCAAACACUCCAGCUCCAACCACAGCAGUCUCCGAUCAGCUCUUCAACACCUUGUAUCGUAAAGCUCAAGCUAUUUCAGAAGCAGAGACUGCAAAGCAAUCACAACAUGUGAAAACGCGCUCAUCUGGAGACAAGAGCUUCUUAUCCACCAUUUUGAAAUCUGGAACAGUCACUGAUCGAGUAUCAGCCUUGACGAUAUUGGUACAAGAGGCUCCAUUAUACUCUUUGAAGUUCUUGAAGGAGGACUUGUUGGAAGGAAUGGCUAGCAAAAAGUCUCGUCGAGAGGCUAUUCUGGCUAUUGACAGUAUCAAGGAUUUGAUGACUACCAAGUUAUUGCCUGAUCGCAAAUUGAGGUAUUUCCGAGAUCAGCCAUUACAAGAUUCGAAUGUGACGGAUGCGCAUUUGCUUGUUUGGUAUUUUGAAGAUACACUCAAGAAGCUUUAUUUUGACUUGAUCAAAACUUUGGAGGUCUUAUCUCAUGAUCCCGUACUGAACGUUAAGACUCGAAUCCUGUCUUACAUCCACGACUUGCUAGUUGCUAAACCAGAGCAAGAACAGAAUCUGCUUGUCUUGUUGGUCAACAAACUCGGUGACUCUGAUCGUAAAGUAGCAGCCAAAGCCGUCCACCAUCUAACACAGCUCUUGUCGACCCAUCCAAACAUGAAGAUGGUAGUCAUCAAAGAAGUCCAACAGUUACUCUUCAGACCAAACGUGGCAGCACGAGCACAAUAUAUAUCCAUUACGUAUUUAAACCAAAUCGUGCUAUCGAAUCGCCCUGAAGAUGUCAAGGCUGCUAAUCAUUUGGUUGAAAUCUACUUUACAGUCUUCGAGAGACUGGGUAAUGCAAUCCGGGGUCGUAAACCGGAAGAUGAUAAGCCCAAGAAGAAUGAUAGGAAGAAUAAUAAAAGUCAUGAUAACAAGCAUGGAAAACAUGGCAAACAUGGCAAAAAGGACAAUCAGCACAACAACAAGAAGGAGCAAGAGACUGAAGAACCAGCCAUGAUUGUAGAUGGCAUAGAAUCUAAGAUGAUGGCCGCAGUAUUAACUGGUGUAAACCGUGCCUUUCCAUUCUCGAAAUUGGAUGAUGCCGUGUACGACAAGUAUAUUGAUAACCUCUUUACCUUCUCUCAUAUGGGUAGUUUCACGACUACGGUACAAGCUCUAGCACUCAUCUUCCAAGUCCAGACCACUCGAAACAUGGUUACGGAUCGCUAUUAUCGAGUAUUAUACAACACGUUACUGGAUCCACGAUUGUAUACCGCAUCUCGACAAGCCGUGUAUUUGAAUUUGCUGUAUCGGUCAUUGAAGGUGGAUGCUAGUUUGAAUCGAGCGCGGGCCAUGCUGAAGCGAUUGGUGCAGGCUUGUACGCUUGCUCAAGUGCCGUUUGUAUGUGCAUCGCUGUUUAUGGUUGGUGAGAUUAUAAAGAGUAAACCCGGGUUGAAGAGUUUAAUGUCGGAAUCUGAUACCAGUGAUGUUGAGGUCUUUCGUGAUCAGCCUUCUGCGGAUGAUGAGGUUGCUGCUAUGGCUGUAGUGGCUGUAGAUGAAGCUACUGCUGUCAAGGAGGACAGUUCAGAUAAACCCACAAAAGUAGAAGAAGGUGCUGGUCCUAGAUAUGAUGGACGUAAACGAGAUCCACUGUAUGCGAAUGCUCAGCUUACCAGCUUUUGGGAAUUGGUUCCAUUUGCAUCUCACUUCCAUCCUACAGUCUCGUUAUACGCCACUACUCUCUUGGAAGGCAACUCUAUAGAACUACCAGCCACAUACGUAAACUACGAUCCAUUACAAAACCACACCUUGGCACGUUUCCUUGACCGAUUCGUAUACAAGAACCCACGAGUAAUUAAAUCCCUCUAUAAAGGACCGUCACUCAUGCAACCUCGCCUGGUCGAUCAACAAAAGAACCAAGACGACCGUAUCGUAUCUGGUGGUCGUAAACGUGGUGCUGUCUUUAUGGACGAAGAAGGCGGCAACAAUAAUGGUGUUGAUGGUAGUGCAACGCGAUCCUCUAAGAUGAGGAAACUAGAUGAAGCGCCAGUAAACGAUGAAUCAUGGUUACGACGCUCAGAAACUGAAAUGCCGGCUGAUGAAGUCUUCUUCCAUCGAUUCUUCAAGGCACGGGUUGUGCGUAAACCUACUGAUAAAACCAGCAAUAAAUCUAAAGCAGGUGCUGGUGAUGAGGAGAUGGAAGAUAUGGCUGAAGACGUAGAUGAGGAUCAAGAGAUUGACGAAGAUGAAAUAUGGGAUGCUAUGCGUAAAAGUAGUGGUCUUCCAGCUCCUGAUGAAGACGACGAAGAUGAGGAUGCUGAUGAAGUGAUGGGAGCUGAUCUCGACAUGUUGUCAUCAGAAGUGGAUGGUGAAUCGCCAGAUGUCACCGAUUUCAUUGACGAUGAAGCAGAGGAAGACGAUGAUGAUGACGUGGAAGGUAGCAGCAAUAUCGAACAGGACGAAGAUGACGAAGCAGAAUCUGGUGACGAUGCCAUGAACGACGACGAAAUCGACAAUGCUUCUGAUUCCGAACUGGCUCGUAUCUUUGGUGAUGAUGAUGCACCUGAUAGUGAUGAGGAGGAAGAAGCAGAGGUUAAGCCUAAAGCACAAGAGGCUGAAAAGAAACCAUCACGAGGUAAACGAGCCGUACUACAGCAAAAGGCAAAGGCAUUAGGCUAUAAAGGCUCCUUCUUUGAAAAGAAUAAGAAGGGUAUUAGUAAUAGUAAGAAGUCUGCUUCGACACGAGGAGGUCAAGACGAUGAUGGAUUACAAUCCACUACGUUUGCUUCGCUAGAAGACUUUGAGGCUUUAAUUGAUGGAGAUGAGGAUGAUCAGGAAUAG